UCGCGGUCCCUGACCUCAGCAAACCCAGUUGGGGUUGGCUCCUUCGCUCGCUCGCUCCCUGCGUAGCCGUGACCCAUCGCGAUCGCAUCUUGUUUAAGGGGGGCCCUAGCAGCCCCCCAAAUUCCCCCCCCUCUCCCCGAUCUCUCUCUUAAUAUCUCUCAAACUAUAUUAACCCCUCACCCCCCUCCCUCCCCAGCCACCCCUUAAUCAGCCGUCCAGAGAGAGAGAGAGCUCGCUCGCUCGCCACCCCGACACCGCGCCAACCCAACUAUCCCCCCCUCGUCAUCAUCAUCAUCAUCCCAACACCGCGGGGGGCUUCGAGUGAACUCGCGCGGCCGUCAUCGCAGCCCAACAACAAAACUAGGAGCUCGCUUGGUGGAGAAAUAGGCAUCGCGAGGAUGUUGUUUUGAUGCUGCAGUUCUCUCCUCAGCCCGUGAACGAGACACUGGGAGAUCCGUGCACGAGGACUUCGGAGAGCAGGCAGCAGAGCAGUGAUUUGGCCGCACUGCGGGGAGACUGCGCACGCCCCUCGGCAUCGUCACACGUCCUCGCCGUGCGGUGGGUUUCUCCGGCGAGCGACCGAGUAGGCGAGCGAGCGGUCGAGUGCCCUCUCUCUGGUUCCGCCGACCGUCGCCAUGUCCGAACACCCGAGCGACAGCGAUUACUCGGCGACCUACGACGACCGGCACAGCGGCGGCGGGAAGUCGACGCCCCCGGGCAAAUUCAAGUUCUCGGACAAGAACAGCGACGAGUACAAGCGGCGGCGGGAGCGCAACAACAUCGCCGUCAAGAAGAGCCGCAUCAAGAGCAAGGAGAAGGCCGAGGAGACACAGCGGAGGGUGAACGAGCUCAAGGAGGAAAACGAGCGCCUGGAGGCCAAGAUCCAGACGCUGUCCAAGGAGCUCGUGGUGCUCAAGGAGCUGUUUCUGGAGCACGCGAGGAACGGGCCGGGAGGUGGCGGUGGAGGCGGACAGGGGGGUGGGCCGGCGCAAGCGGGCGGUGGCGGGGGUAGCAGCGGCGACGCCGCCUAAUAGAGAAGGAUGGGGGAGGAGGGGGGGGGUCGAAGCCCCAAUCAUCCGAGUUCGCCUCCACACAUCCGGUAGAAGUUGACAAAUGGCGUCGGCGACUUGGAUGGUUGCCAAUCACAUUGUCCACUUUGCUUGCUGCAUAUCGCCCUCCCACGGCAUCCCACCGCCCCGCUGCCAUUCUGCCCCCUCUUCCCCCUCCACGCCCCCAACUCGCAUCAUUUUCGGACGAGCCGUUUCUUCCCACCGUAAUUUGAGUUGUUCCCUCUGCUGGCCCACCUGUCCGACCCGCAGCAUCGCUCUUGCUGAACCCCGCUAUUUAAUAAUGAUCCACGCACCUUGGGGCGAAGAGAAGGGUGGCCGUGAAGUGCGUUCGAAGCGUGCUCCUUCCAAACGCUUUUUUGAAAACGUCUAUGGAACAUUUGUAAGCCGUGUCGUGGAAAAAUGGCAGUACCAUUGAAAGCAACAAAAAACAAAAAACAGUUCAGGGUGCAGAGGUUUUUAACAGUAACCUUGGCAUUUUUGAGAGUCACAGUGGUGUGAUGCAGUGGGCUCUGCAGUCUCUUAUGUACUGUAUAUAUAAGCUAUGCUGUAACAAACCCCUUGUUAGCCGCUUUUCUGUCGACAAUGUGCGCUGCGUUUCUGCAUCAUACUGUAAGAGCAGCGUGCUCUCUUGCCCGUUAGCGCUAAUUGUCAGGAGUGUGUGCUUGAAUGUGUCCUUAGCUCAUUGGCAAUGCUCGCUGAUUGUUAUACUACCGUAUUAAAGUAAUUUGUCUCUGGGAAAUGCAUUUCCGUUUUUAGAAGAAAAAAAGGCUACAGAAAAAUAUCCUACAGAAACAACCAAUACUUUGUAUUAUAUAAUGUAUACUAAAUAAACGCGUUUGUAAAAUAACGACAUUCGUUUGUC